GCCUCAAGGGUUAGUUCACUCAGCUCAGAUUCCGCCGAGAAUAAUGAAUUGCUCAGAUUGCUUCGCGGGAUCAACGAAAAGCUUUCCCGGGAUCUUGAUAGUCAAUCAGUUUUGAAUGCCUCCAAGCCUAGUGAGCCUAAUGCUACUCGACCUGAGUUUUGGCGAUGGUACGAAAAUACUUACUCUGGGCCACAAAAAGCGCUUUCUGUCGAACUACCACCGUCGAGGCCUGCUUCGCCGGACAAGGGAAAAAACCCGCAACACAAGAUAACCGAAUCUCUUGAAAAUGAUGUCACAUCUUACGAGUGUCUAGAUAAAUUUUCCAAGGGGUUGAAAUCUUGGAGUCACUCACCCUCAGCUAUACCACCCCUCAAUUCAGAUGUCUCUGAAUCCUGCACAAAGAUUUUGACAGAUUGUCUUGGUGUAGCUUUACACAUCCCGUCUGAUGGCCGCAUAGGGCUCCCUUUCACCAUGCAAGGAAUAGAUAAAUGUAUUAAAGAACCUGGUUGUGAUCCCAGGCAGCCGGAAUCGGCCAGAAUGAACAUCCCUAAUCAUCUUCAGCUGGCAAUGAAAGUAUGCCAGUAUUUUUUGAAGUGUUCGGAAAUUCAAUUUUUAAUUGAAGAUUAUAAUCCAUGGUCGAAGGAAAUCAAGACAUAUAAUGUCUCACAACUUUUAUCGACGUUCAACCAAGCUACAAACUCUAUUUACGCAGAAUCUUCUCACCUGGGGUCUUCUCACUCGGAAUCUUCUCACUCGGAAUCUUCUCACUCGGAAUCUUCUCACUCGAAUGACAUAGAUAAUAUUAUGUUAGACACACACACUGAGCAUGUCCUAUCUACGUCUGAAAAAAUAGUAACAUUUGAUCCUCUGAUACUGCCGCAGGUCAAGUUUGCCGGAGAACUUGCUCCUUGGCGGCGUUUGAUGUCGGCAAUACCUUUGAGAUUGUUUCUCUAAGUUCAAUGGUGCUGAAUGAAAUUGACAACUGAUGACACGCAGAUUUCUCAAUGGAUUGGCAUUUUCCAGUCAACGAAACAUUGGCAACGAGACAGAAGCCGGACAUAUGCUUGCUGACGAAUUGCUCAUAAAUGGAUAUGCAGGAGAACUAAUUAAGCAGCAUUUAGCCUGUCGAUUCCCGGCGUUUAUUUAUAGUCCAUAUCGUUGUUCCUCUCACUAUACUCUCACCUUCCUCGAACUAGUUGAGAUUACUCCAUCCGGAACCAAAUCGCGAUGGAAGACUGGGCCAUUUUUUGGUAACAGGCCCGAAUAUCUUUUUCGCCGCCUGAUGUUUUCUACACUUACUGUAUGCAUGAGGUACUGUUUCGUCUCACUCUAUUGUUUAUUACUGGUCUAGGUCUCCAGGUCUCAACUUUUACCUCCAGUCACUGCGAUAAUUCUACCACCAAAUUUGAUUCUGGUCCUUUUGCCCCGUUUUACA